AUGUACUCCGCUACGGCGUCAGCGUGGGACCACCGAACGUUCCCGGGUGCUGUGCCGCGAUCAUUCCUGCCGGCCGUCAUCACGGCGCUGUUCGCGAAGCCCCUCCUCGCCCUGUACAAUGUCGCGGGCAUCUUCACGACCUCCGUCGAUGUACAGAUCAUGGUCCGCGUGCUGCUUGCUGGAGUCUUCGCCUUUGCGUGCGCAAACCUGACCUACACCCUGUCUCGACGAUUCGGCGGCUCGACAGCUGCGUGGUUCACGAUCUGGACGUUGGCGCAGUUCCACAUCCCUUACUACGCAGGGCGCACGUUGCCGAAUUUCAUGGCACUGCCAUGGUUCCUGCUCGGCAUCUCGUUCAUUCUGCUGCAGGAGGAGUUCUGGGGUGUGCUCUUCAUCACCGCAACUGCGACGGUGCUGCGGCUCGAGAUCGCUGCCUUUGUUGUCCCGACCGCGCUCCAGCUCGUCAUCACGAAGCGCAUGACGCUGCGCAAUGCCCUGCUCGCAGGGGCGAUUGGCGGAUUUGGCAGUCUGCUCUUUGCAGCGCCGCUUGACUACUGGCUCUGGGAGCCAACGCUUCCUCACGACCAACUGCCAGGUUUCACAGCUAAGCACACUCUGUGGCCUGAGUUCAGCGCCAUGCUCUACAAUAUCGUUGACGGAAAGGCGUCCGACUGGGGUGUCAUGCCGCGCCAUUUUUAUGCCGUCGCUCUCGGCAAGAGCCUGGCUGGCGCGCUGCCGAUAGCGCUGUUCGGACUGCUCUGGGCCGCCAUCCAGAACAUCACUGGUAAGACCCGCGGCGUCCUUCGCAAUCGUAACCAGGCCCGCGCGGUCUCGGAGAUUGCCAAGACGCUCCUGCCCGGUGCGGUUUGCCUCAUCGCCGCCCUCAGCACCGUCGAGCACAAGGAGUGGCGCUUCAUUGUGUACUCGUAUCCGGUUAUCAACAUGAUUGCAGCCGCAACGUCCGCUGGACUUACCUAUGUCUCCGUGCACAACUAUCCGGGCGGACAGGUGCACACGGAGCUCGAGGCGCUCGGCAUCCCGAAGAACUCCACGAUCCACUUCCACAGCGGGGCCCUGCAGACUGGCGCAACGCUGUUCACCUUCACGCACGCCAACUUCCCUCACUCGUCGGUCUUUCCCGACCCCCUUGAGCCGCGUUGGAUCUACUCCAAGGACGAGGACGUUGCCCUCUUGGAUCCGGAGAAUGCUUGGGAGGCGGGCAUCGACUGCGUCGUGACGCCCGACUUCCAGAAGUUCCUCUCCGCCAAGCGACAUGGCCACGAGAAGAUGUGGUCGCUCGUUGGCGGCAUCAAGGGAGUCGCGGGCGUCGGUCGUGGAGGCAAGUAUGGCGUCGAGGUCAAGUGGCGGCCAGAGCUGGGUGUGCUGAAGCGCGAGCGGGCCAGCUGCGAUCACUGA